GCCCAUAUUUACUGAUCUCCACUUUCCACCUCCGCCUUAUAAUCGACCUUGGGUGCGCAUCCUAGGCAUCACAAUCGAUGGCAAUUGCACAUCCGAGCUUUUCGCCGUGCUUCCUCGGCCUCACUCGGCCUCUCCACCUUCCAAAACGACCUGUCCUUCCUGCCCGAUCCUUGCAGAUCCCGGUGCUGCUUGCUGCCGAGCGGACUGCCAAAAACCAUGACCCUUCAGCAGUCAAGGAUGAGCCUCUCUCGUCGAUCAUCACCGAACUUGAGCUGGAGAAGGAAGAAGAAGAAGAAGAAGAGAUGGCAGGUGGAGAGGGCAACGGCGGUCGCGUCGCGGAGAGGUGGCGCGAGAUCGACGGCUGCGACGACUGGGCGGGGUUGCUGGACCCCAUGGACCCGCCGCUGCGCUCGGAGCUUGUCCGCUACGGUGAGUUGGCGCAGGCCUGCUACGACGCCUUCGACUACGAUCCCUUCUCCCGCUUCUGCGGCAGCUGCAAGUACAACCGCCGCGAGUUCUUCGCCAGCCUUGGCAUGAAAGGUGUUGUCUACGAGGUGACACGCUACCUCCAACAUCAACCUGCCCAACUUCUUCUCACCCGUUCGCGGGGGGGGGGCGCCAUGACCUGGUGCGAGAAGGCCAACUGGAUCGGCUACGUUGCGGUGCCGAAGGUGCCGGGGAUACUGUUCAACGAGCGACUGCCGGAGCUGGUGAAGAGGCCGGCGGAGGGGCUCCCCUGGAGCUGCAGCCACGUCGGGGUGGAGCUGGCGCUGGACCACAAGCACUCACCGUUCCUCAAGGACACCGUCGACCCCUCCUGCUUCCACAACCUGGAAGCCCACCUGCACCUUCUCGACGGGUACUCAUGCCGGACUCUUCUUCUUCUUCUUCUUCUUCUCUGUUUCAAUCAAAUCUUAAACUAG